AUGGAAGAUCACUUUGGGGCAUCUAAUGUUAAUCAUCAAAUGUAUUGCAGCGUUGGUGAUUGGAAGUUAGAAAAAAGGUCUAGACAGCAUAUACCUCGGUCUUGCAUGCUAUCAUCAUCACCAAUGCCAUCAAUAUCUUCAUGGAAUGUUCGUAGUGAUCAUAGCAUGUAUAAAUCAAAAUGGAUUUUCAACGACUCGGCUGAAGCCAAGAGACAAAAGAGAGUUGUUAAGUACAAGGCAUACACUGUUGAAGGGAAAAUGAAGACCUCUUUCAGAAGCGGGCUACGUUGGGUCAAGGACAAGUAUUGUUCACUUGUCCAUAGAUAUUGA